GAAAUAAUUGAAUUUAGACAGGACAAAAGACAGAAAGGCAGAGAUAAUACAUCAAUUUCAUCGCACGCUGGUGAAGAUAUCCAUAUCUUUGGAUCAGUCUUCUGACCAACCACAAUUGCUUUUUAUCAACAUUAUUGAUUCAAGCAACGAUUAGCCUUCUUAAUAGCUUGGAUCAUUCUCAAUCCAGCUUCUGCAAACAGACUUUAUGGGUGCUGAUGACAAGGUUCUUGGUUAUGAUGAAGUUUCACUUCAUAACACUUCCAAAGAUUGUUGGGUCAUCAUAAACGCCAAGGCAUAUGAUGUAACAAACUUUUUGGAUGACCAUCCGGGCGGUGGCGAUGUUUUGCUAGAAGCAGCAGGAAAGGAUGCAAGUGAAGAAUUCGAGAGUGCAGGUCAUGGUAGUGCUGCAAGAUUAAUGCUAGAUGAGUAUUAUGUUGGGGAGAUUGAUCCAUCCACCACGCCUAGUCCCAAGCCUGCUGCUACUGCACACUUGCUUAGCAAAGAGCCUAAAGAUGAUAAUGCAAAAUCAUCUGGACUCCUUGUCAAGCUUCUUCAGUUUCUGCUCAUUUUAGGAUUCGCUGCAGGAAUGCAUUUUUUCACAAAGUCGAGUUCAAAUUUUGAGCUUUGAGAUCUUAACCAAAAGAAAGAAA